AUGGCGGCGGGCGCGCCCCCGGUGUUCAACCUGUUCAUCAUCAACAAGUCGGGCGGCCUCAUCUACUACAAGGUGCAGUGCACGCCGCUACCCGCUGCUACUGCCUCCAACUCCACCUGCACGCCUUACCGGCUGCGCGCCACUUGCACGGCAGCACCUUGCACUUGCCGCCAACCCCUCUUUCAUCCCCGCACCUUCCUCUUCCCCACUCCCAACCCUCCCCCCUCCACGCGACGCCACUACAGCUGCCGUGACGCCCGUGCCUCAUUCCACUACAGCUUCCGUGACGCCCGUGCCUCAUUCCACGACCCACUCGCCUACCCUGUACCUGCUCUGCUCUGCAACCCCUCCUCUACCCUCCUUUCCCCUCAACUCCCCCUCCCAAUCUUCCCCUCGCGUAAUCCUUCCCCCAGUUACGCACCACCUGCGGCCCGCCGAAUGAACCCAAUGUCAAAAUCUCAAGCCUCGGAGCAGCACACCAGCAGUGACUUUGGGUCGCAGAACCGGCUGGACACGAACGACUCGCUGCGCCUGGCGUCCACGUGGCACGGGCUGCACGCCAUCGCCAUGCAGCUGUCGCCCAUCCCCAACGGUGGCGGCAUUGAGAUGCUGGAGGCGGGCACCUUCGACCUUCACUGCUUCCAGACUCUCACCGGCACCAAGUUCUUCAUAGCCACGGAGGUGGGCUUCACGGGGGCGCCCACGCUACUCGCAAUCAUCUACGACCUCUACACCGACUAUGUGCUCAAAAACCCCUUCUAUGAGGUGGAGAUGCCCAUCCGCUGCGACCUCUUUGACCUGCACCUGCCCGCUGCCAUCCGCAAAGACCGCUCUCUACUCGCCGCUGGGGUCGUCGUGCCGGGCCGAUCAUAG